GACAGCCGAGAGAAAGAGGAGAGGUCUAAAACCAAUCUUUAUUCAGAGAGACGUUGGAGAGAGUCACAGUGAAUCUGCCUGUUUAAUAGCAAUCCAACCGUUUUAACAGUUAAAGGCGCAUCGCCAUUGAACUGGGAUCCAAUUUGGUUUUUUUAUGUGUGACCGACUGAUCUCAAGUCGUGUUUUGGAUUUAUUUUAGUAGCAACAUGGGGAUACAGCAGCAGCCAUUCCGAAAACGGCUGAUGUGUGAGACGACGACAUGGCUUCUCUUCAUCUUUGUCUUCAUGAUUUCCACCAUCAGAGGCCAAAUCCGUUAUUCAGUACCAGAGGAGAUGAAGGAAGGUUCUCUUAUUGGUAAUGUAGCACAAGACCUUGGUUUAGAUCUGAGAAGGCUCCGUUCUGGCCGGGCUCGGAUCGUGAGCGGAGAUACUAGUCAGUACACAGAGCUGAAGGCAGACAAAGGGAUUCUAGUCGUGAAGGAGAGAAUUGACCGAGAAGAGCUUUGCGGAGACGUAAUGCCAUGCAGUUUAAGCUUUGAAAUUAUUUUAGAAAAUCCCAUUGAACUGCACAGAGUGACAGUAGAAAUAUUAGACAUAAACGACCAUGCACCGACGUUCAAAAGUAAGGUGAUUAAACUAGAAAUUAGUGAAUCUGCUACAGUGGGGUCUCAUUUUGAUUUAGAAAGCGCAUAUGACCCCGAUUCAGGAAUUCACAGCUUGCAGAAUUAUGUUUUGUCCCCUGAUAAUAAUUUUGUCUUAAAGCAGCUGUCUAACGCCGACGGAGUUAGAUUCGCUGUAAUGAUUUUACAGAAGCCUUUAGACAGAGAGUUGAACCCACACCUCUCCUUAAAGCUGAUUGCAGUAGACGGAGGAACUCCACGGCGAUCUGGUACAGUGAACAUAGAUAUCACUGUUCUUGAUGUCAACGAUAAUCCUCCUGUUUUUAAUCAAUCGCUAUAUAAAGCUACUGUAGCAGAAAAUGCGCCCAUAGGCACCUAUAUAACUACAGUGAAUGCUUCAGAUGCAGACAGUGGUUCAAAUGGCUUGGUUUCCUACACGUUUUCUAACGUAAAGGGGAAAUCCGCGGAAAAAUUUGAAAUUGAUAGUUCCUCCGGAAAAAUUACUGUUGUUGAUAACAUUGAUUUUGAAAAAGACAAGAAGUAUGAAAUAAGAGUGAUCGCCAAAGACCAGGGAGGACUGAGUGAUGCAACCAAAGUUGUCGUUGAGGUCCUGGACAUAAAUGAUAAUGCGCCCCUUAUAAGUAUAAUGUCAUUUUCGAGCAUCAUUUCAGAGGAUGUUUCUCCGGGUACAACUAUAGCUGUUUUUAAUGUUAAAGAUGCAGACUCAGAAAGAAAUGGUCAUAUAACGUGCUCCAUAGAUUCUAAUCUCCCAUUUAAAAUCCAGUCUUCUUUGACCGAUUAUUACAAUUUGCUCUCAGAUGUAGCUUUUGAUCGAGAAACAAAACCUGAAUACAAUAUAACAAUAACUGCAACCGAUUCAGGGUCACCCCCACUU